GAACAAAAAUAAUGCUUAAAUUGAAUGGAGUUGACCGGCGAAACUACAGUUUACCGCGGCGACAACGACGGUCGGCCACAAAGAAAUUCCAGAGUUCUGAACCAUCCAUUUCUUCAAUCUUCUUCUUCUUCAUUUCUCUAUUUCUUUCUUCUUUAACUCAAUCGUUAGGGUUUUGAAACUCUAAUUUCCCACUCCCUUUAACUCAAUUUUUCUCUUAAUUUCCCACUCCCAUUAUUUACAUCUCAUUUUAUCUUCUCCAUCCACCUCUAUUUUCCUCUACCAUGGAACACUUCUUAGGUCUUCUCCGAAUUCGGGUGCUGCGCGGUGUUAAUCUCGCCAUUCGUGAUACCCGCAGCAGCGAUCCCUAUGUCGUCGUCACCAUGGGCAAUCAGAAGUUGAAGACUCGCGUGGUGAAAAAUAAUUGCAAUCCUGAAUGGAAUGAUGAGUUGACUCUUUCAGUUGCAGAUCUCAGGACUCCGAUUGGUAUAUCAGUAUAUGACAAAGACACACUAACAGACCAUGACAAAAUGGGAGAUGCUGAGAUCGACAUCGAACCAUACAUCGAAUGUUUGAAGAUGGGACUACAGAGCCUCCCAGAUGGUUGUGUGGUUAGGAGAUUAUAUCCAAGCAGAACAAACUAUUUAGCUGAUGAAAGCCAAUGUGUUUGGCACAAUGGGAAAAUUGUACAGAACAUGAUCUUGAGGUUGAAGAACGUAGAGUGUGGUGAGGUGGCAAUUCAGCUCGAAUGGAUCGACGUUCCUGGUGCUAAGGGUUUGCCAGUUGGAAGUACGAGUGACUUCUGAUUCCUUAACUGAUGGCAUCAGGUAAUAGUAAUAAAUUUCCCAGUUCCAUAAAAGUUGUAGAUUAUGUGAAAUGAAAUAAAGAUAUUUGACUUGUGAGUUUGUAGUGUGAAUAUAACUAUGAAUUGGGUGGAGAGGAUGGGGCUGGGUUUUCCCUUAUUAAAGUGAAACUGCUAUAUGUAAUCAUACAUAUGUUUAUAAAUAUUACUAUGGUUGUAUGUUGGCAGUUA